CUUUUUCACACAUGUGAAUGUGGAUCUUCUAUCUCUCUCGCUCCAUUUUUUCUCUCUCCCUAAGUUAUCACGAUUGUUGUUAAAUCCCUUUCUUAACCCAAACAGAUUUCAAAAACACAAAAGAGUCUAUCUUCCUCUCCUCCCAAAAAUGCCUUUAAGCAACAAUGUAAUCGGUUGCAUAAACUUCAUCUCCGUCCUCCUCUCAGUUCCGGUCAUCGGCGCCGGGAUCUGGCUCGCCACCGGAGAGGUAAACUCCUGCGUGAAGCUCCUUCAGUGGCCAGUAAUAAUCCUCGGAGUCUUGAUCCUUCUUGUCGGUCUUGCUGGUUUCAUAGGAGGGUUCUGGAGAAUCACUUGGCUUCUCAUAGUUUACUUGAUGGCCAUGCUUGUUCUCAUCGUACUUUUAGGUAUUCUUGUCGGAUUUAUUUACAUGGUCACCAUUAAAGGCUCUGGUCAUCCGGAACCAAGCAGAGCUUAUCUUGAGUAUAGUCUUCAAGAUUUCUCUGGUUACUUGCGUCGACGUGUUCAGAGGUCUUACAAAUGGGAUAGGAUCCGUACUUGUUUGAGUACUACUAGUAUUUGUCCUGAACUGAAUCAGACAUACACUUCGGCUCUAGAUUUCUUCAAUGCUCAUCUUAGUCCCAUUCAAUCUGGAUGCUGCAAGCCCCCAACAAAAUGUGGAUUCACAUUCGUGAACCCUACUUACUGGAUAAGUCCCAUAGAUAUGAAUGCAGAUAUGGAUUGUCUACAGUGGAGCAAUGACCAAAACGCUUUGUGCUACGCUUGUGAUUCGUGCAAAGCCGGUUUGCUUCAAAAUCUUAAGGUUGAUUGGUUAAAGGCAGAUAUCUUUCUCCUGUUGGCGUUAAUCGGGUUGAUAAUCGUUUAUAUAAUUGGCUGCUGCGCGUUCCGAAACGCUAAAACCGAGGAUCUUUUCAGAAAGUAUAGGCAGGGUUAUACAUGAUCAGGUUGAGAAGUUUAGAGGCAAAACCGGGGAGAAUGUUUCAAAUUAUUGGGGGUUCCUCUAUUUUUAGUUUCUUGAUGUUUCGACCAUUGUAGUCUUCUCUUUUAUUGCACGCAUUACCAGAACAUUUGGUGUAACUGGAAGAAUGUUUGGUGUACCUCCUUAGUUUGGGUUUGCAAAACUUUCCAUUGUUAAUUAAUAUUGAUUAUAUAUAUAUGAUUUUUGUUUUUGAAUGAA